CCAGGCAGCACACCAGCUCUGACCAAACAAUUUCACUGAUUAGCUCCUGUAUGCAUGAGAUGUGAGAGAUAUUUCUGUACCGGACUCUAGUUUUGUUUCUACAGCGAACAUGAAUGAUAUCAAGAUCGCCGUGCUGGGCAGUGAAGGAGUCGGGAAAUCAGCUCUUAUCGUGCGGUUCCUCACCAGGCGUUUCAUCGGGGAGUACGCGUCCUCUUCAGAGUGCAUCUACAGAAAGCGGCUGUGUGUGGAUGGGAAGCAGAUGAAUCUGGAGGUCUAUGACCCGUGCUCUCAGGCCUGUGAGGGUAAGACUUCUGUAAACGAACAGAUCCACUGGGCUGAUGGAUUCAUUGUGGUCUACGACAUCAGUGACCGCUCCUUCCUCACUGCCAAAGCCAUAGUGCACCUGAUCAGAGAGCUCCAGCUGGGCUCUGCCAAAAGGAGCGCAGAUUCACUCAUCUUCCUGGUGGGCAACAAACAGGACCUGUGCCACAUGAGGGAGGUGCGGCGUGAGGAGGGUCAGUGUCUGGCUGCUGAGUCUCACUGCCAGUUCUAUGAACUGUCGGCGGCUGAGCAUCACCAGGAGGUGGCGCUCAUAUUCUUCAAGAUGGUGCAAAGCGCUAGCCUGGGCAGCAAGGCCAAGGAUCGAAGGAGACGCCCCAGCGGCUCCAAGUCCAUGGCCAAACUCAUCAACAACGUCUUCGGCAAGAGGAGGAAAUCAGUGUGAAGGACAGCUGUCGGUCGAGACUGGACCAGAGGACUGAACGCAUCCUGUGGCUUGACUUCCUGUCUGGCUGUUGCUGUCAGUUGAGCUGAUGUCUGUAGAAAGAGAGGCGUUAGUGUGUGAGUGUAAUAUAACAGUAGCACAGAGCAUGUACCGUCUGAGCCUGCUGUCUGCUUACUUCAAUUCAUGCAUUUGCUCUCAAAUUUACAAAUAAAUGAAACUAAAUGCCCCGUAAACUCAUUUAGAUCACAUCCUCGGCCAUAUCAGGUAGAUAUUUAAGAUGUUUGUGAGUUGAGAGCAGCAGUCAGACAACAAAUGAUACCUCAGAUCAGCAGUCAGUGAAAAGUAAAGACUCUGAGAUGUGAGCAACAAAAAACAGAUGGCAACAUGUAAAAGAUUCAGCUCAGAAAUAACAUAUGAUAGUUACUGUGUCACAGAAAUAACAAAGCAACACACACCUGCUCACUCUGUCUGGAAGUGAGAAAUAAACAUUUAAAGAGAAUUUGGCUCUGUACAUUUCCUAAAAGAUAAUGUGUUUAAAAACUGUAAAUGAUAUUAAAAG